GACACAUGACUAUUGUGAACUAGUUAAGUACACAUUAAUUUUAUUUAUUGCAGAUGAAAAAUAGGAGUAGGCUUUGUAAUGUUGAAUAAAAAUUUUGAUGAGAUUGAGUAAAGUACUACUUUUAAAAUUUUACUGAACGGCGUAAAAAUACAUAGAAUUAUAUACAUACAUAUUUGAUUUUUAUCCAACGUUUAUAUGAGUAAUAUGAAUUAACUCUCAUAUGCAUGCUAGUGUCUGAAUGAGUGCAUAGACAAUUUUCAAGUUCAAAUUUUCGGGAAGUUUGAGUGAAAAGGAAGCAACUUUCAAAAACUUCAAAUUGAUAUAUUGUUUCAAAAUUUAAUUUGGAAAUUCGCACAAACAUAUAAAUGGAAAUUGAAAAAAUGUUUGAUGUAAUAUUUGUAAUAGAAGGCACCGCUAUAAAUGGAGCAUAUAUGAACGAUUUAAAAACAAAUUAUUUAAUUCCGGCUCUUGAAUAUUUUUCUCAAUCUCUGUUUGAAGAAAAAGAAUACUUUACUUCAGAGAAAAGUGCUAUGUUUUACGGCAUAGUUUUGUAUAAAACAGCUCAAUCUAUGCCAAAUAACUCAACUGUAACAUAUGGACCUUUUACAAACCCUCAAAAAGUAAUAAAUGUGCUCGACAAAUUGGACAUGGCAGGAGGGGGUAGUGAAUCUAAUGCUAAUUUAGCGGAGGGGUUAGCCACCGCCUUGUGCUGCUUUGAUGACUUAAAAAUUUUACGACAUCCAAAUGAUAUAAAUCUACAAAAACAUUGUAUACUUAUUUGUAAUAGUACGCCCUAUUCAAUGCCCGUUUUGGAAUGCUAUCAACAUGAAGGAAAAUCGGUUGAGCAAUUGGCCACGAUGUUUUACGAGAAAAAAAUAAAUUUUUCUAUAAUAUCGCCAAGAAAAAUUCCAAUUUUGUUUAAACUUUUCGUAAAAGCCGAUGGAGAUUUGCCUUUAACUGCAAAAAAUUUUUGUAAAGAUCCACGACACUUAGUUCUUUUAAAAGGUUUUAAUCUUAAAGAAAGAUCGUCAAGUCCAAAUAUUAAUGCAAAUACGGUGCAAUCUCAACAAGCGCAACAAAUGUCUUCAAUUUCAGGAGCUGUAAGCCCAAUGGCUCAGAACCAAAUAUUGAAUUCUAAUGUAAUCGAAAAUAGUCAAAUAAAUUCAAUGGCAUCCAGCAUGCCGAAUUUGCAGCAGUCACAAGGACAACAACAAGUACACUCUGUGAUAUUAACUCAGCAACAAGUUCUUCAACAGAAUCAUAAUUUCAAUUCAAAUAUUCAGCCAGUCAAUCGUUGGUUAUUUCAAAAUCCGCCUAGAGGGUCUUUUAAUCAGAUGUCGAUAAGUUCAGUUGCCACAGGUGGUACUAACAUAAGUGCAAAUAUGCAACAACAACAACAAACUCAAAUUGUGGGAAAUAUUGGAUCGAAUUCAAAUUCUGUUUUGAUUUCUCAGCUUAACCAACCUCCAAAUGCGCCCAAUAUAAAUAUGAAUCAGCAAAUGCAAAAUCAAAUGCUCACUCCCGUACAGCAACAAAUGAGAAUGCAACUAUUAAAUCAACAACAACCUUCAACAGCAGGUCAGCAACCAGGAAUUCUUCCUAUGCAGCAGCAAGCAUCGAGUGCACAGCAUCAACUUAUGCACCAACAAUCUCAGCACAACCAAUCAGGAUCUGCAGUUUCAAAUAAUGCGCCUGUUACAAGUAGUAAUAGUACUAAUGUUGGAAAUAUUUCAGCAGAGAGGGAAAAGGUUUGGAGUGGAACCCUCGAGUGGUUAGAAAAAUCUAAAACAGAUCAAUCUAAGUCAGCUCGAUCAGUGCAGUGCCAAGUUUUUGCUAAUAUAAAAGAUGGUGAAGUUGAAGUCAAAGCUGAUAAUUGGCCGCCACGACUUUUGAUGCAACUAAUGCCAAAACAUUUAGUUGGUAAUGUUGGAGGGGAAUAUUUAAAAGAUUCUAAAGUAGUAGUCUUUAAACCACAAUCAAGCGAAUCAUUAGACGCAUUAUCAAAAAUUAUGAACAAUGGAUUUGCUGGUUGCGUGCAUUUCAAUGUCUCAACUCAAGGUCCUUCUUGUGAUAUUCGAAUACUUAUAUUGUUGUACACACCCGAAAAAAAAACAUAUUUAGGUUUUAUACCAAACGAUCAAACUAUGUUCGUUGAUCAGCUACGUAAAGCCAUUCAACAGAAGCAGCAACCGUGCGUAAAUACUCAGCAACAGCAACCCCAACAAAUGCAACAACCAUCCCCAUCAGCACAACAAUUGCAACCUCAACAGCAACCUUUACAACCAGCACAGCAACAACAGUCGCAACAUCAACAGCAACAGCAUCAACAGUCACAACAACAAUCACAAUCGACGCAGCAAUCGUCUCAGACUUCCCAAAUUAUUCCUACUGGUGUUAUUGGUGCAAAUGUUAACAUGGUUGGAAAUGUAGUCGGAAAUUCCUUGCAGCAGUCCCAAAGUUCAAAUAUUUCAUCGGAGACGAAUACGCAACAACAUUUCAAUUCUUAUAAUCCAAAUCAAGUACAACUGCAAAUGCAGCAAGAUCAAAUUCAAAAUAAUUUGCAACAGAUAGGUAUGAUGCAAAGGACCGGAAUGGGUGGAUUAAUGCAACAUCAAGGUCCUAAUGCGGUUAACAUACCUGUUAUACAGGGAGUUAAUCAGAUCGGCGGUCCGCAACAACAACGGAUGGUUCGCCCAAUGAUGUCGAAUCCAGGCCUUAGAAUGCUUUUGCAACAACCAGGCGCUCAGCCAGGUAAUCAAUUUAGGCCACAGUUACAGCAGAUGGUAGGAUCGAAUCCGAAUAUGAUAGGAAGCUCAGGUCCUAGUCAACUUCCUAGACCAAAUAAUUUCGAAGAUCCAAAUUUCGAUUUUAUGUAGUUUUAAUAAAUUGAGUAUAACGCCAAACUUAUUAUAUUUAAAUAUUCAUUAAUUUAUUCCGAUAUUGAUGAAUAAAUUGUAAGAAAAUUGUUUUAUUC